UCAGUUCACUAAAAUUGAGUCAUAGUUGAAACCAAUAUACUUACAAUACCGAACCUGUAUUCUAGGUACAUUGGUUGAAACGGUGAUUAUAUGCAUAUCUGCCGCUAUGAACUUCAAAUUUCUUACACCUGUUCUGGCAAAUCCAUAGCGUAUGCUAUAGCUUACACAACAUACAGUGCUCAGUGUUUUGUAAAACAAGCCUUGAUAAAGUGCAACGGCCUUGAGAUUUGAACUAAAACCUAGGUACUAUAAUACUAACGUCUUUAUUCAAAUAUGCCCACCCUAGUACUCUCUACUUCCUGUAUCACAUCAACUGAGACAUCCAUUUGAAUAACUUUCAUAAGCAUUCCUUUGACAGGGCAUUGCUGGAACGGAUGUAGCCAAAGAAGCAUCAGAUAUAAUACUAACCGAUGAUAACUUCACUAGUAUUGUGAAAGCAGUCAUGUGGGGAAGGAAUGUCUAUGACAGCAUCGCCAAGUUCCUGCAGUUUCAACUGACAGUCAACGUAGUAGCUGUUAUUGUUGCUUUCAUUGGUUCUUGCUCCGUACAAGACAGUCCAUUGAAGGCUGUUCAGAUGUUAUGGGUGAAUCUGAUAAUGGAUACUCUGGCAUCCCUUGCAUUAGCCACUGAACUGCCAACACCAGACCUUCUUCUCAGAAAACCGUACGGUCGCACGAAGCCACUCAUCUCCAGAACCAUGUGGAAGAACGUACUUGGUCAAACUAUCUAUCAAUUGGGGGUCAUAUUUUUCCUACUAUUUGCAGGUGACAAAGUCCUCGGAAUUCCAUCAGGCCGAGAUAGUGACAGUUUUGAACCGACCCAGCAUUACACAAUUAUUUUCAAUACAUUCGUUAUAAUGACAUUAUUCAAUGAGAUUAAUGCCAGAAAAAUACAUGGCCAGAGGAACGUUUUCAAAGGGGUUUUCACCAAUCAAAUUUACUGCUGUAUUUGGAUUGGAACAGUCUUCAGUCAGGUGCUGAUCGUUGAGUUUGGUGAUGAAGUAUUCUCUACUAUACGCCUCUCAUUCGAUCAGUGGCUGUGGUGUGUAUUCUUUGGCAUUGGUUCUGUGCUGUGGGCGCAACUGAUCACUACUCUUCCCACGAAAAUGGUGCCAAGAGUUGAAUCCAUCAAUGUCGAGCUUCUUGCUCAAGAGCUACAAGAUAGAAGAAAACGGCUGGCUGAAGAAAAUAUCAGUAUCUUGAAAAGACCGCAAGUCCAUCAGCUAUUGGAUAAAGUACCCUCAAAGAUAAAGAAAAAAAUCAAAUUUUUCAUUGAUGACAAAACUGUUAUUAUUGUUACCGAUAGUCCCCAAGCUGAUACAAUCAUUAUCUACAACAAUAAAAAUGUCAAGCUUUUGAAUGCCAAUCUGGAAGAUUGCUUAGAAUACCUCAGCAUUAUGAACACAGCCAGAGAGCUCCAUUAUAUGUAUGAGAUAUGAUCUCAAUUCAACUCUUAUUCUUGUUAGUUGUGAUUAAUACUUUUUAAUUUUACAGAAUCAAUCUAUGCAGUUGAAAGUUUGUUAGAGCAUAGAAUACGUUUUUACUUUUUCACUCAGAUCUGUUAAUUUUGCAGUAAUCUUGUAAGACUCUUCAAGUUAUUAAAAAAAUCAAUGUUUAAUUACUUUACUAAGAGAUGUGUGAGGUAUGAUAUAAUUUAAUAUUUAUUAUAAUUUAAUGUUCCCAACAACCAUCAUCCAUGUUAUAUUUCUCCAUUAUUGAAAAGCACAGCUACUCGGUAAACAUUUUGUUUGAUUUAUUUUCCAUUGUGAUUAAAUGUUAUUGUGCCUGU